AUGAAGAAAUUUUUUUAUAUUUUCCGCGAAGGCAGUCAAGUGAACCAGAUAUUAUGUGCUUUUUUAAUUUGUAUCCCUAUUUACGGAUACGGUACAUGUAUAGGAUGGAUGUCACCGAUGACACUUCUCUUACAGUCAAAGGAGUCUCCAAAAGGCGUGCCACUUACUGAUGUUGAGAUAUCCUGGAUGGCAUCUUUGCCAUACAUAGUGUGUGUACCGGCGACGUACUUAGUAGCGUCUCUAGGAGACAGAUAUGGGAGGAAAUUCGCUCUUCUCUUCAUGACUGUAGUGAAUGCGGCCAUUUGGAUACUGAAACUGUCUUCAAUGAACAUAUGGGUUUUUAUAACAGCAAGAAUUUUAGUGGGAAUCGUAAUGGCUGGAAGCUGCGUUACUUGUCCCACAUAUAUAAAGGAAAUAAGCGAAGAUAAUAUAAGAGGAGCUUUAGGAUGUUGGGGAGCACUGUUCUUUACAACGGGUAGCUUAUCGGCCUACAUAAUUGGGGAUCUAUUAAGUUACCAAACAAUCUUGAUAGUGUUCCUAGCCGUACCUUUGGUACACUUCAUAAUAUUUUUAAUUAUGCCUGAAUCUCCAUCUUAUCUUAUUAAAAAAGGAAAGACUGAAGAAGCUGCAAAGGCACUGGUUUGGCUCCGAUGCAGACACGAAUUUGAUCACAAAAUCCAAGAAGAGAUAGAUUUUAUGAGAAAAGAACAAAAGAAUGAUGAAGGAAAGGAGAAGUUUUUGUUGAAAACAAUUUUGACCGACAAGAUCCUAUUUCGAGCUUUUCAAAUAUCACUUAUGGCUGCAUUAGCUAGAGAGCUUUGUGGAGUUGUACCAGUUCUUAAUUUCGCUGGUGAUAUAUUCCGAUCUGCAGCGGAAGUCACAGGCUUGGUUCUCACUCCAAACCAACAAGCUAUGGUACUCGGAGUAGUACAGCUAUGUGGUGCCACCACGGCAUCAGGCAUAGUCGACAGAUGUGGGAGAAGGCCUCUCCUCUUCAUAACGUGUAUCAUCUCUGGGAUCAGUAUGUGCAUUUUAGCCACGUGGUUCCUUCUAACAGAAUACAACGUGGGUGUCCCAGCAUGGGUACCAGUCCUCACACUAUGUGUGUGUAUAUUCUGUGAUGCAUCUGGAUUGAUGCCGAUAGCUGUUGUUAUAGCUGGCGAAACGUUUUCUUUCAAGUACCGAGGAACAGUGUUGGCAACUACAAUGGCUAUUGCUUCAACUUCGGACUUCUUCCAACUUCUCUUCUUCAAGCCUUUAUCAAAUUCUAUAGGAGUUUACGUCGCGUUCUACUUCUUUGGAGCCAUGUGUCUUCUUACAGCAGUAUAUGUCAUUCUGAUGGUACCAGAAACUAAAAACAGGAAACUGGAAGAAAUUUACUAUGAUCUUCAAACGAAAAAGGAGAAGAAGGAACUCAGCCAAAUACAUUUG